AUGCCCUCCCACCAAUACACCCACUCCCAAUCCCUCCCCCGACACUCCAUCCUCCCCGCCUCCACGACCGCUGGCCCCUCCUCCAUGGGCAGCUCCUCCAUGUCGAUGGCCAAGACGCGCCAGUACAGCAACCUGCAUAAUCAGCUGGAGCAGCUGAACGCUAAUCUUCGGGACACGGAGAAUCUGCUUAGGAUGACGGCCGUGCAGGCGGAGGAUAUGCGCUUCUUGGGCGGGUACGUUGGCGCGUUGUUUAUGGGGUCUGCGAAGGUGUUGGGGGAGGAAGGGGUAAAGGGGGAUAGUAGUGGGGAGGAGAAGAGGGAGGGUUGA